UGCUUUCGAAAAACUGCUUUACUAUUGGAAAUUACUUUUGAAAAGACUCCAAGAUGUCUGACCAGAGUUUCUGUUUUUAUGGACUGAAGAGCGUGAUGGAGUGUAUUGCCAGAGCAACACUCCUAUCACAAACUGAUGACGUCCUCAGCUUUUUACUGCAGUAUAUGUCAGAACUGAGCAGAUUCAGAAAAUCUCAACCUGAAGAUGAUCCCAAAGUAAUUUCCUUCAACUUCCAAGAGAUGUGGGAAAAAAGAUUUCUGAACGCUGACAUUGAGGAAUCGCCACAAAACCAAACUCAGAUAGAGGGGAAACUGAAGACACUUUUCUCAGAAUUGGCAUCUUCUCACAAACAAUCAAAGAAGAACAGACACCCCUCUGCAACUCCCCUGUACCCAAAACCAGCUCCACCUCCCCGUGUUGGAAAAAAACCUGGGAAGAACGUACCACCAGCUUUCCUUGUAGUGCAAGGAGAAGGGAAGCCUGUCCCACCUUCCUGCGAUGUCAAUAUGAAAAUCCGUAGAGCAUCCACAGUGAGGGUUCCUCGUCAACCCCAGAGGGAAGAAACCACCGAUGAGACCAAAAGGACAACAAGGACACGCCGGGUCAUACAGACAUCACUUCCCUCAAAAUCCACACCUAAAAAUGAAGCUUCAUCAUCCAGUAAGCCCUCCAAUCAUAUCCCAGUACCAAUAAUGACACACAGUCUUGUUCUCCCACCUAAACCCCAGAACACAAGAGGUGGCCCGGUACCAGGCAAAGAUAUGUCCGCGAAACGCCGGGAAGAGACACACAGGCCUGUUCUCCCACCUAAACCCCAGAACACAAGAGGUGGCCCGGUACCAGGCAAAGAUAUGUCCGCGAAACGCCGGGAAGAGACACACAGGCCUGUUCUCCCACCUAAACCCCAGAACACAAGAGGUGGCCCGGUACCAGGCAAAGAUAUGUCCGCGAAAUGCCGGGAAGAGACACACAGGCCUGUUCUCCAACCCAUUCCUCAGAACAAGACAAGGGGUGGCCCUGUACCUGGCAAGGAUGUGUCCGCUAAAUGCCGGAAAGAGUCACCAUUGAACAGAGACAAGGUAGUAGACAAGAGCACCAGCAGGGCUCCUGCUCGCAAAGCACUGGCGGCGCAGGAAGCAAAAGGUAAACCAGGUAGUGUGUCAAGGCCAGGAAGCAAUAAAGGACGAAAGGAAACAAGAACAGAGAGCACCAAGGAGGAGCUGGAGAUGAAGUGGAUUCAGCCAAACCAAUCAGAUGAUGGCAGAGAUACAGGCGUAUACAGGUGGUGUCCUGGAAGGGACAUGGUGUCCAAAUGGGCCAUGCUCAAAGACUCAAUUGUUGAUGCGGCUGGUAGGAGAUGA